CCGCAGACCGACGCCAUCCUUCUGGAGCCACACGAGGAGCUGGCCAUAUGCAAGUACUACGAAAAGCGGCUGGUGGAAUUCUGCGCUGCCUUCAAGCCUGCUAUGCCGAGAUCCGUGGUGGGAACAGCUUGCAUGUAUUUCAAACGUUUUUACCUCAAUAACUCGGUGAUGGAGUAUCAUCCUCGAAUAAUAAUGCUAACGUGUGCGUUUUUGGCCUGUAAAGUAGACGAAUUCAAUGUAUCCAGCGCACAGUUCGUUGGUAACCUUCGAGAAAGCCCUCUUGGACAAGAAAAAGCUCUUGAACAAAUACUGGAGUAUGAACUACUGCUUAUUCAGCAACUGAAUUUCCAUCUUGUCGUCCACAAUCCUUACAGGCCAUUUGAGGGUUUUCUCAUCGAUUUGAAGACUCGCUAUCCAGUGCUGGAGAAUCCUGAAGUUUUGAGGAAAAUGGCUGAUGACUUUCUCAAUCGAGUGGCUCUGACAGAUGCGUAUCUGCUCUUUACUCCCUCACAGAUAGCUCUCACUGCCAUACUAUCUAGUGGUUCAAGGGCAGGAAUUAAUAUGGAAAG